UAAAAUUUCAACUGUUUUUAUAUAAUAGUGUGAUUUGUGUAUAUAAACGGAGCCUGAAGACUUGCGCCCUCACGUUCAUACACACACCUUGAGCUUUGCUGUGUAUGUAAUAUAUAUAUGUGAUGAAGGAAUGACUUUGUAGGUUAGUGUAUAUACGAAAAAUACUGCUAUAACUUGAUGAAAUAGGAGUCAAAGUGUAAAUACAAUAGUUAUCAUUUCAAAAAAUUCAUUAGGCAAUGACAAUUAAUUUUCUUUUCAAACGAUCAGCUGUUAAAUAUGACUCAUUUUUUCACUGUCACGUAAAAAUAAGAUUAUAAAAAAAUUUGGAUUAUGAAAAGAUAUAAUAUUCUAGAAUGUGAUACUUACAGUAGUUAAGACAGAAACAACAAUGGCUGCUAAGAAAAGUGUCAUUGUACUAACACCUCAUGGUCGCAGACCCACUGUCAAAGUAUUACCCUCCAUGACAAUAUUGCAAAUACUCGAGGAAGUUUGUCAAAAAUAUGAUUUCAAUGCAGAUGAAUAUGAUUUAAAGCAUCAUAAUUCAAUACUUGAUGUUAGUUUAACUUUUGCGCAUGCCAAUAUAUCAAAUAAUGCUUAUUUGGAAAUGGUGAAAUGUAAAAUUCCAAGAAAAGUAUCAAAUGUAACCAUUUGUGUUCAGUUGGAAAAUGGAAAAAGAGAGAUAGGAGUGUUUUCAGCAACAGUAACUAUUGAAAAAAUUCUUGAUAAUUUAGGUAUUGAAUUUAAUACUGAGACUGCAAUUAUAAUUUUUAUGCAUAAAGAGAUAUAUAGUAAAGAAUUUGAAACAACAACGAUAAAAUCAUUAGGGUUAACAAAUGGUAAAGCCCUGUUCAGACUUCUACAACGUGAUCCUAAAAAAUUCCAAGAACAAGCACAUGUAUAUAACAUAUCACAGAAACCAAAAAUUCCAAAGAUUGAGGAAUGUGACGAAACUAAGCCAAAACGUGCUCCAUUGGUUGAUCCCAAAAAUAAAGCUUUAAAUCCUCUUUCGAUUAUUAAAUCUGAAAAACAGAAGCCUGAAACAUCACAAGAAGCAAAAUCAGAAGAAUGUAAAACUAAAGAAACAUAUCAGAAAGUAUUAAAUGAUGGAUCAAAUAAAUUAAUUCAAAAAAUCGAUGAAACACUCAUGGAAAUUGAUGGCAAUGUAGAAUCAUGUUCACUGCCAACUGAAGAAUUGAUAGAAGAGCCGAAAGUUGAAUAUUUGGGUGACAGAGAUGCUAUACUGUUCAAUCAAACAGGUGCAAAAACGAUUCAGCAAGCCGAUAUUCCUGAUGAUUUUUUCGAGUUAACAAGAAAUGACGCGAAAGCUCUGUUACGUGACGUAAAGAAAAUGCAAUCAACUUUGGAAGAAACACCUUUGUUAACAGAAGCUCAACGAGAAUUGGAAAAAAAUAAAGGACGAUUACAUCGUUUAUAUAAGUAUCAAGAGACUAUUAUAAGAAUACAAUUUCCAAAUCAGUUGAUACUACAAGGACGUUUCAGGCCUCUGGAGAAUAUACAGGCGGUCAAGGAUUUUGUUCGGAAAUAUCUGGAAAAUCCAGAAAGUGAUUUUACGCUAUAUACAGCACCGCCUCGUUGUAAUUUGAGCCCAAAAAAAAAUCUGAUUGACCAGGAUCUCGUACCAAGUGCUAUAAUUCAUUACUCCGGCAGUUCCGAUUUGAGACUUGACAUCAAAUCCAAACUGACUGAUCCCGCUGCUGCUAGCAUUCAGGCUCUUAAAAUCAGGCUGAAAACCACAAGAAAUGACACAGAAAUGACGGUGGAUGUUGCUCAACCUCCGGAGACUCCAAUACCUGAGCAAAUGCCAGAAAUGGAAGGUACGAAUGCCCGUCCGUUACCCAAAAAAGAUUAAGCACGACAGUGGUUCGAGCUCGAAGAGUAUUAAUCGAACGCAUGUUGAGCGAAGGUUUUAAUUUUAUUUCUAUUGUAAGUACAUUAGGCGCGCGUGAUUGACCGUAUACUACUUGUUAAUAGAUUUCUCGUUAUGGUAUUGAGCAAGGAAUCGAAAAUAUUUUUUUUCAAAAAAUGGCAAUUCUAUAUAUUUAUUACUUUUCUCAAUGUUCAUUAAAAUAUUUAUAAAAAAGUGGAUCAUUUUGCAAGUUAUAUUCUUUCUGGACCUUUUCUUUAUUUUUGAGAAGCGAAUUAUUGUAAAAAUGUUAGCUUUUAGCAGUUAUAAAAAGAUCGAAAUUUUUUUUUAAUUUAUAUACUGACUACUUUUUAUAAUUUAUUGAACUACAGAAUAAAUGUUAUAGGUUGUUAGUUUUCAUAUUAAUACUGUAAAUAAUAUUUUUAGGGUAAUUUUGUAUGAUUAAAUUCUAUUUUUUAGACUUUAUUUAGAUUCAGCAAUAUAUAUUAUAAAAUCUAUCACAGAUUAGCCAAGAGAUAAAAAUGCGAUUUAUGAGAUGCGUUAAACGCCAAGGCUUUCAUAUCUUUUUUAUUUUUUGAAUGAAUUUAAGCGACUGUAUUUUUAUUUAUAUACUUAUUUUUGUUUCGAGAAUUAUUUCUCACGUCUGUAAGAUUUUGCUAUUUGAAAGGCAUUGUCAUUUGAAGCAUACUUUUUCUGUAUCGACAAAUUUUAUACUUGAAAUUUAGAUUAAAAAACAGAUUUAUCUUACGGUUGAAAAAUUGUUUGAAUAUUUGCAUCUUACAUCUACACUAUUUCAGUUAUGCUCAUAGGCAUCCAUAUAUGUUUUUCAAAUACAAAUUCGAGGUUUAAAGCUUCUAUGUCACUUUCAACAGCAAAAUAUUUAUGUUAUCUUAUUAUCUUAAUUCGAUGAUAUGUAUAGAUUAACAUUAAUAUCAUUGCGAACGUUUCAUUCGUUUGUAUAAAUUAUUUAGAGUAUUAGAUUAUUCAAAUAACGUCAUUUUAUAAUUAAUUAAUUGAUAGAUAUGAUUGAUCGUUUUCGAGGUAGACCAUUUAUUGAAAAAUUAUUGGAUUGCAAAGUUGAUGUAAGUUUGGUCCACUCCUUAAACAUGUUUUCGAAAUUGUCCUCUUUUUCAUUUGAAUUAGUUGAAAAAAAAUAUUAACUUUUGAAAACAAUAAAUGUUCUGUCAAGUAACAAAAUUCUAUUCUAUAUAUUUGUCUUAUUCGGUAAUAUGAAAUCACUCUAACUUAGGAAUAUGUUUGAUUUGAUUGAUCAAUUAUAGAAAUGUUAUCGAUUUUUAAUUCAAACACAAUUUCAAUUUAAAAAAAUGUCGACUGUAUCAUUAUGUAUAAAUAACACAGUUGCGUUAUAUGACUGUUCUUUAGAUUUCUGACAAUUUAACCACUGGAUAUACGCGCACAUGCGUGCAUGCGUAUUUGUAUAUUUGUAGUUGUAUUCGUCAAACUUAAAUAUUUACGCAAAAUACUCAAAUAUAAAAGUAACGCAAGUUUCAAUACAAUAAUUUUCAAAAUGAAAUUCUAGUAUAAAAAUUAAAAAAAACACCCGAAUACUUAAUAAAACAAUUUGUAUGUAAUUCGCAUUUCCUAGAAAAAGAAGUUCUCGUGAACUCAGUCUCAUAUACGACUAAAUGGCACCAUUAAAAGAAGGCUCCCGAGUGAUUAAAAGAGUGAUCGAACUU